CCCUCUCUGAUGAAGGGUCUAGGCCCGAAACGUCAGCUUUUGUGUUCCUGAGAUGCUGCUUGGCUGCUGGGUUCAUCCAGCCUCACAUUUUAGUAUUCCAGACAUGCGCUGUUGUUGGGCGGAGUAUUGAAACCUACUGUUAGUUAAUCGACCGGCUUCUCUUUGUCGUGUUGUGUAAUACGUGCUGCUACUUCGCUCUUUGUUAUUGCCGCUGUUUUUGUUUAAUCGAAUAAUUGACUUCCGUAAAAAUGUAAAAUCCUAGCUUUCGCAUGGCGCAGUCCCCUGCUGUCAGUGAUGGAUGAGAUGGAGGUGGGGAUGGUCAAGCCUGAGAUUGUGUAUCCUGUACAGAGACGCCAGUCUCUAACACUCCCCCUGCUGGAAUAUUUCUCACUGUGGUUGUGGGAGCAGCCCCUCUGUCUGCAGCAGUUCACUGACAAACAGCACCGGCAGCAAUGGAUGCAAUCAGCUUGUUUCGUGGUUAUUGAACUGUCGCCUUCGUGCCAACAUUGAGGAUGAAACCCCCGGGCGGCAUCUUCGUGUCUGUUUUUCUUUUUGCUGCAGAGUUGGUCGCAGCACUGUAUCUAAGCAGUACCUACAGAUCUGCUGGGGACAGGAUCUGGCAAGGGCUCACACUGGUCUUCGUGCUAGUGCCAUCAAUCCUGGUUCAGUUCACUCUAACCUUCGUGCACCGGGAUGUGAGCAGGGACAGACCCCUGGUGCUGUUCCUACAUCUGUUACAGCUUGGACCAUUCGUCAGGUGCCUUGAAGCACUAUGUAUUUACCUAAAUGUUGGUAGAGUUGAAGAACCUUAUGUCAGUAUUACCAAAAAGAAGCAGAUGAGAAAAAAUGGCUACUCUGAAGAAAUUGAGAAGGAAGUGGGUCAAGCAGAAGGCAAAAUGUUCACACACAGAGCUGCUUUUAACCGGACUUCAGUGAUUCAGGCUUUCAUAGGCUCUGCACCCCAACUUACCCUCCAGCUCUAUGUCAGUGUAAAGGAACAGUUUGUUACACCUGGUAGAGGAGUACUAAUGGUUAUUUCUCUACUUACCAUUGUAUAUGGAGCUUUGCGGUGCAAUAUCCUCGCUAUCAAAAUCAAGUAUGAUGAAUAUGAGGUACAUGUGAAGCCUGCAGCCUACAUCUGUAUAUUUCUAUGGAGAAGCUUUGAGAUUGCCACCAGAGUGGUUGUUUUGGUUCUUUUUAGCUCUGUGUUGCAGAUAUGGAUCCUCCCCGUAGUUCUCUUGAACUUUUUUACAUUCUUUUUCUAUCCAUGGGUAUUAUUCUGGAACAGUAAAUCACCUUUCCCUGAGAACAUCGAGAAAACGUUUACAAGAGUAGGUACAACAAUGGUAUUAUGUUGCCUUACAUUCCUCUAUGCCGGUGUUAAUAUGUUCUGUUGGUCAGCAGUUCAACUCAAGCUAAAUGAUCCUGAUUUAAUUAAUAAAUCCCAGAACUGGUACAGACUAGCAGUGUACUAUAUGUUAAGAUUCAUUGAAAAUGCUGUUCUUAUUCUCUUAUGGUACAUCUACAAAACUGAUGUUUAUACCUAUAUAUGUGCUCCUUUGUUGGUCAUGCAAUUGUUAAUUGGAUAUUGCAUUGCAAUAUUUUUUAUGCUUGUCUUUUAUCAGUUCUGCCACCCAUGUAAAAAGCUUUUCACUUCCAGUAUUUCUGAAGGAUUAUUAGCUUGCAUCCAUUUUGUUUUUCACUGCCAUUGUCACAAAGCUGCUGAACCUGUGGAAAGAGCUGUCUUAGAACCCAAUAAUGCCAAUGACCAUGAACAGGGUGCUCAACUUAGCCCUAAAUCUCAAGAUUAGAAGAAGCUUCAAAGUGUAGUAGUAAGUGCACAGUGUUUUCAUUUUUUACCCAUCCAGUUUGUUUGGAUACAAUCCUCAUGUUAAUUUCCAGAUGAGCUCUGCAGCUUCAAAUUCCACUGAUAGGUGAUUGAGUUGCAAUGUUUAAGGAUCAAUCUGCUAUUAAUUUCAGUGAGACAUGACAGUAACCUUAACAUCAAAUAGGUUUCCAGCAUGAGGCCUUACCUUGCAAACUAUAGUCUGACUUCAUGUGAUUUUUAUUCCAUUCGGAUUAGUGACUGGAAAUUAAUUUUCCAAUAUGUACUUCCGGUGGGUGAAGCUUGUCCUAUUAACAAUGCUGUGCUGAAUGAAGUGCCAUUUCUAAUUGGUACUUUUAACUCAUUAGCUUUGUAUUGUGGAGAUCCUUGAGGUGUGCAUUACUGAAGUAAAAUAGGAGAAGAACAGAACUGAAGUAUCCUCCCUUCUUGCACACUCUGCAAUUUGAAUAAGUGAGAGCAGUUGAAAUUUUUUUGCCAAUUUGUAUUGAUCUUCAGUUUGUACAAUGAAGUUUCAUGAUUUCUUUGAAUGGAAGACUCAUUCACCUUGAAACUAUUCACGAUAAUAGCAGUGUUGUAUAUUCGCAGGAAUAUUCUCUUUCUACUGUCUGAAAAUAAGCCUUAUCCUUUGUAAUCUGGUGGUUAAAUACUCAGCAUUGAGAAACUGUACAAAUAUAAUACCGUAAAUAAUUCUUAGAAUGUCGAUCUCUAGUUAAAUUUCCUGCAAAAGUUGCUACAUAAGUUUUGGUGCAAAAAAAAUCCAGUGUGAUUUUUUAAAUUAUUCAGUGAUCAUUAUUCAAUGUCAUGUUUUAAAAUUUUAACAUCAGAAUUCAAACAGUAAAAGUAACACAUCUUACUCACAAAUCCAUAAUUUGAAAAUAACCUGUGAUAUAAUCUUGAAAGCCUCUGAUUUGCUCAAAAUCAACUUCAAAGCAGUUAAGUACCUAUUUAAGUACCCUUAGAUCUUAUCAAUUGAACCAAGGCUGAUUUUGGAAUAUUGGACUUCUUUUAUAUGGUUAAGUCUACUGUGCUGCAUACCUUUUAAAACCAUUGUUUUUCUCUCUAUUUUUUCCAUUCUCCCCUUUUUAAGGGAAUUGAAUCCCUUUCUGUAUCGUGGUUCUAUGGGCAGGUGUCACCUUCUAAUAUUUUAAUAUAAAAUGAUAAUUAUUCACUUGUAAGUCUUAAUAAUGAGAGCAAGUAGAGUUUUCAGUAUGGAAACUAAGCCUAGUUCUACUUUCAUUUCACAUUAACACGUGCAUAAUUCCAGGGGAAAAAAAGCAGUGAAUCAUGGUUCCAGAUAAUGAAUGUGCUGUCCAUUUGAGAAAAAGGUUCCUUACCAUCUUUGAAAAUUCAGGUUACAAGUAUACCUCACUUCCCUUCAUACUAGUGCCCUCCUUCAGGAACUGACUAAGCAUCAAAGAAUCUCCCAAUUUUUCCCCCUAACCCUGCCCGAUCAAAAUCCUUUCAGGGAUGGGUGUAGACUCACUCAUUAUUAUCAUAACACGGUUGUUUAAGGAAAAUCCAUGACAGUUCAGGGUCUACAUAGUCAAUUGAAAGGAAGUUAUUUAAUGGGCUGAAUGAUCUUUUCAUACUUUAAUACUUUGUUGAUGAAUCACAUGCUAAGCUUGUCAUAUAUGAAUUAGUAGGAAAUGUAGAACUUGCUAAAUUAUUCACUGCAACUUUGAAAGUAAUACAUCUCAGUCAAUAGAUAUUUAUUGUUAAAGAUAAUGAAUUUGUAUACCUGUUUGGCAAAGUUAAUCACUGCUUUAUGGCUACUUGAUAGCAAAGUAGAAGUAAGAUUUUGGAAUCACAUAAUGCACUGUAACCUGUUUAACAUACUCAUUAAAUCAUGAAAGCCCCAUUAUAGCAUUUAAGUGCUAAACAUGAUUAAGUUCAUCAAUGCCCAUGCAAGGAAUGUCUAAAAAGUAAUGAAAGCUUUGUAAUUUUGGUGCAUGCUGGUCAGGAUGACAAAAAAUAUAAUUAGUGGACUUGUAAAUUAAAUGUAUAUAUUUCCUUUGGGACACUUUACAGAAAAAAAAACUGCAUCAAAACUUAAGAUUCUUUGCUCUACUUGGGAAUUUCCUCAGUAAAUUAUUUGGUAUCACAACCAAUGUAUAUGCUUUCUGUGUUUGAGAGAAAUGCCAAUGAAAAAUAUCUAGUGUAGACAUCAAGAACAACACUAAAAAUCUGACCGCCCCGAUAGUUGACAGUCUUGACAGGUCAUCACAUUUUCUUGGGUUCAAUUCACUUGUCAGAUUGUGUCACUUGAAUCAGGUUUUAUAACUCUGAUAGCUGGAUAAAAUGCUCCUUUCCUACCCUACCUCUAGUAUAAGGAAAAACUGACACAAAUAGUACUUCAGCUGAGUCUAGGAUUGGCCUAGUGAGUUGGUAUAAAUCACAGGAAACAAUUUUCAGCGGAAAAGUGUUUAAAAAUUUGGCACAUCAAUAACAAUAGUAUUGCAAUUAUCAGUGAAAAUUAUUUAUGAAUUUGAGGGACUAUGGAAUGUGUGCAAAUGUAAUAAUUACUUGAAAAUAAAAUCACUUUAACAGUGUGUUGAUAAGAUGCAGUUAUGAACAUAUUCUUAAAAGACAUUAAAAAAUAAAUAAUUUCAAAGAGAAACGCAGAAUCUUGUAAAUAUUGACAAUGGACAGACCAGUCACAAACAUUAAACAAAGUUUGUAUAUAAUGAUAGUUUUAUUUAAUAUAUUGUCUUAUGUUUCCAAUAGAACUGAACGCAGUUGCUUCAUUUUACAGAUGUUUGAUGACUAUAGCUGUAAUGUAAAAUAAAUGAAUACCAAGAAAUGACAAUUGUGUAUUUUAUGAUGCAUUAUUUGCACACACCUUUUUUAAGAAUAAAUAGAGUACAUAUGAUAUAAAUUGUGCAACACACAAGUGUCCUACUCUUCCCUACUGCAGCCUUUUUAUUCCACCAUAACCAGGAAACUUCCAUUCUAAAGUGUUACUAUUAUCUGGAAUUCAUCUGCGUUAUGUAAGUGCUGCUAACUGUGGGAAUUGUAGUAGAGUUUUCACCACCUGACUUCACAUUGUUCGAGAAUAAAAAUAUCGUGAGUCUGGAGUAGUGAAAUUCACCACCUGUUGCACAAUGCAUUUGUUACAUAUUUAAAAAUCCAAUCCUUGUUCUUCAUAUGUAUUCAGAAACUGUGUCUGUAAUCAUUCUCGAACAACAACAGUAACAGAAUUACAGAGGUGCUGUGGUGC